AUGAAAUUAAUAUUAAUAUUAAUUUUUUUAUUUAGUUGUAUAUUAUUUAUAAAUUGUGAAAAUUUAAUAAAAGUUUUAGAUGUUAGAUUAGCUCAAACUCAUGUCAUACCAGUUGAAGGUAAAACAUGGAAUCUUAAUAAUAACAUUCAACAUAUGUCAAUUGUUGGAAAUAGAAGAGCAUUCUUAUUAGCAAGUUUUGAUGAUCCAACUCAGACUUAUUAUACUACUAUUUGGUUUAAUGAUAAAUUGGUUGGCCCUCUUAAAUUAAAUGAUCCAAGUCAAUUACCACCAACUGAAGAUAAAGGUGAAAAGUAUUCAACAGUUCACCAUUCCAUUAUGCUUUCAAAGGAAUGGGUGAAAGUAGGAAUGAAAAUUCAAUUCUUCACAAUUGGUAAUGAUGGAAAUGGUUCAUCAGUUGUAAAAUCCUCUGAUUUCUUUUAUCCAGAUGUUGGUCAAGAUUAUACUUUGAAAAUGUGGACACUCCCAUUUUACUUAUUUGGUGCAAAUGAUACCAAUACUCAACCAUUCUCAAAGACAAAAGGAAUUGAUUCUGAAAUUACUAAAGAAUUAAUUGAAAAAUGGUCAUGUUCUGAUUUACAAGCAAUAAAUCAUCCAAUACAAAAAAUUGAUUGGUCAUACUUUGUAAUGGAACCAAGAAAUGGUAAUCCAGCAAUGGUAAUUACAAAUUCUGAUCAAAAGAAAGAUGGUUAUGCAAUUAUGAGUGGUGUUUUGAAUAUCUUAACUCAAAUUAGAAAAGUUUUUGGUGAAUCAUCUUCAUCAAUUCAAAUUUAUUCACCACUUUUACAUUUGGAUUCAAAAGGUAAAUAUGCAGAUCCUUAUGGAGGACUAGGUGGUGGUUCCAGGGGAACAGGUGACUAUACAUAUAAGGGUAUCUUUAUCCACGAACAAGGUCAUGCUAUGGGAUUGCCUCAUGCUGGCGAGGCUUUUGACAAAGGAACUUUCCCAUAUCAAAAAGGAAGCUUAUCAGGAUCAGAGUGGGGUUUCGAUGCAAAUCAUAAUGAAUUUUUAGGUAAUUUUCUUCCUCCAACUGCUGAAUAUUAUAGAAAUUGUCAAAAAUCAUUUUUAAUUGAUAACAAAGGUCGUUGCAUUAAACAAAGUGUAAUGCAAGGAGGUGCUGGCGAUCAAUCGUCAAAAUAUAGAUUUAGUAUGUUUGCAGAUUAUGAAAUGACAACAAUUCAAAAUUAUUUUAAAAAUUCAAUUUACUAUGAUGAAACAAAUGGCACCUAUAAAAAAUGGAAUGAUACAUCUAAAUCUUAUUAUGAUUACAAACCAAUUACUCAAAAUAAAGGAUUAUGGGGUAUUGAUGAUGGAACACCAAUUGAAAGAGAUAUUGAUGUAUAUACAAUUUUAUUCACACACAGUACAGUUGGACCAAAAGAAUUAUCACAAAUCUAUCCAUUACUUAAAUCAAAAGGUAAUUUAAUGAGACAAUUCGAUCCAACUAAUAAAACUGAAAUGGCAAUUAUAAUUCCAAAUACUGGUGCUAUUCCUUGGUAUUGUCAUGACAGUGGUUGUGACUAUACAGUUAGAGUUACAUUUGAUGAUAAUUCAUUACAACAUGUACUCUUACAACAAGGUAAACGUAAAUAUUGGAAACCAAUGAGUGAUUUAAAAGAUAAUAUAAUGGAUCCAAAAAGUUCUGAUAGUUUCAUGUUAGGUGGAAUUAAUGUCAAAGCAAAUAAAAAAAUUAACAAAGUUGAAUUAUUAGAAACUCUCUUGGGAUGGAAUGGUAUUUCAAAUAAUGCAACUGUUUUAGCCUCAAAAUCAUUUUAA